AAUUAGGAAAUUGAGAAUUCAUGAGCAGGAGAAUUUGGAUAAAAUUUAUAGAAUUAGUCUCCAUCCAUCUCUGAGACGAAGAAAUGAAUUCUUUAUGUUUCACAGCUGUGAGCAUUAUACUCGCACUAGCUACAGCUCAGCAAAAGUUGGAAAAUAAACGUGAUUCAGAAGAUGUGGAUGGUCAUGUUCUCGGCGGAAUAAAUGGUCUAAAUGUUGUUUAUAUGGACAAGCUUGCUCAACAAAAGCUUGAACUUAAACGUGAUUCAGAAGAUGUGGAUGGUCAUGUUCCCGGCGGAAUAAAUGGUCUAAAUGUUGCUUAUAUGGACAAACUUGCUCAGCAAAAUCUUGAACCUAAACGUAAUUCAGAAGACGUGGACGAUCAUGUUCUCGGCGGAAUAAAUGGUCUAAAUGUUGCUUAUAUGGACAAGCUUGCUCAGCAAAAGCUUGAACUUAAACGAAAUUCAGAAGACGUCGAUGGUAAUGUUCUCGACGAAAUAAAUGGUCUAAAUGUUGUUUAUAUGGACAAGCUCGCUCAGCAAGAGCUUGAACUUAAACGUGAUUCAGAAGAUGUGAAUGGUCAUGUUCUCGGCGGAAUAAAUGGUCUAAAUGUUGCUUAUAUGGACAAGCUUGCUCAGCAAAAGGAUCAACGUGAUUCAGAAGAUGUGGAUGGUCAUGUUCUUGGCGGAAUAAAUGGUCUAAAUGUUGCUUAUAUGGACAGGCUUGCUCAGCAAAAGGAUCAACUUAAACGUGAUUCAGAAGAUGUGGAUGGUCAUGUUCUUGGCGGAAUAAAUGGUCUAAAUGUUGCUUAUAUGGACAAGCUUGCUCAACAAGAGCUUGAACUUAAACGCGAUUCAGAAGAUGUGGAUGGUCAUGUUCUCGGCGGAAUAAAUGGUCUAAAUGUUGCUUAUAUGGACAAACUUGCUCAGCAAAAUCUUGAACCUAAACGUAAUUCAGAAGUCGUGGACGAUCAUGUUCUCGGCGGAAUAAAUGGUCUAAAUGUUGCUUAUAUGGACAAGCUUGCUCAGCAAGAGCUUGAACGUAAACGUGAUUCAGAAGAUGUGAAUGGUCAUGUUCUCGGCGGAAUAAAUGGUCUAAAUGUUGCUUAUAUGGACAAGCUUGCUCAGCAAAAGGAUCAACGUGAUUCAGAAGAUGUGGAUGGUCAUGUUCUUGGCGGAAUAAAUGGUCUAAAUGUUGCUUAUAUGGACAGGCUUGCUCAGCAAAAGGAUCAACUUAAACGUGAUUCAGAAGAUGUGGAUGGUCAUGUUCUUGGCGGAAUAAAUGGUCUAAAUGUUGCUUAUAUGGACAAGCUUGCUCAACAAGAGCUUGAACUUAAACGCGAUUCAGAAGAUGUGGAUGGUCAUGUUCUCGGCGGAAUAAAUGGUCUAAAUGUUGCUUAUAUGGACAAACUUGAUAAUUUGAUAAGGGACAAUCUACCUACGUUACCUAAUAUAAAUGGAAUGAGUAUGGAAAAAAUGGAUCAUUUAUAUAAUUUGAAAAGGAACGAUCUACCUACGUUACCAAAUAUAAAUGGAAUGAGUAUAGAACAAUUGGAUCAUUUAGAACUCGAUACCAAGGCACACAGUAGGCUUCGUUCUUUGUAUAACCGUAAAUCGAAGGAACAUAGAGAACGCAAAGUGUUGUCGUAGAAGACCUAGGACCAUACAAUGGCGCCUUAUAAAGCCAAUUAGAUGACACUUCUCUGAGAAAUCUGAUAAAAUAUAUAUGCAUA